AUGAAGACCAUGUUUGUGGAGAUCUUUGCCUUUAUUCUAACCACUGCAGGGUGGGCGCUCAUCUGUUCCACCUUGCCAACUGACUACUGGAAGAUUGCUACGUUAGAGGGAAUAGUUCUUGGCACAGCAAUCAUCGCUUCCAACCUCUGGAAAGACUGUGUUGGUGAUUCAACCGGAGUCACCGACUGCAAAGAGUUUCCCUCCAUGCUUACACUAGAUGCUCACAUCCAGGCAUGCAGGGCACUGAUCAUCAUAGCCGUCUGCCUUGGUUUUUUUGGCUCUGUAUUUGCUCUUUUUGGAAUGAAAUGCACCAAAAUUGGAGGAACUGAGAGAAGCAAAGCAAGGACUGCCUGCUUUGGUGGUGUGACUUUCAUUCUUGGUGGCUUGUGCUCUAUGACAGCUUGCUCCCUCUAUGCCAGCAAGAUACAUACAGAUUUUUUUGACCCAAAAUCUUUUGAAGUCAAAUAUGACUUUGGAGUUGCUCUCUUUAUCGGCUGGGGAGGCUCCGUCCUCUGUAUCGUGGGGGGCUGCAUUUUCUGCUUCUCUAUUAGAAAAACUGCCAACAAAAGCCAAGGUCAGGCUACCUAUAGCAAAAAGGGUUCUGCCUCACAUUCUCAUAUCAUCUUAAACUCAAGAGGGCAGGCAGAGUCUGAAAUCCAGUGGUCCACUACAGACUACAGCAGCUUCGCCAGCGUUCAGCCCCAAGACAGCAAGUCAGAUAUUUGA